AUGAACGGUCGUCUCCUCAUCGUCCUGGCCUUCGGCGCCGUCCUCGUCAACUUCGCCCAGAGCAUCAUUCUCCUGGCCUCUGGCACCGCGGCUGCCACCACAGUCACCGUCAGCGCCGCAGGUCUGGCCGCCGGCGCCGCCGCCGUGGGUGCUCUGGCCGUGGGCGCAGCGGCAGCCGUGGCCCUGGCCAGACGCGGAAAGCGCGAGGCUUCGUCGUGCCUUCCCUUCUCCAGCCCCGAGAUCUACUUCAGCAUGGCGGCCAACUCCGACUUCCUCGACUGCGGUCGCCGCUACGUCUGCGAGCUCGAAGCCACCGCCGACGACAAGCUCGCCCACGAGGAGAUCCUCAUCCGCAACCUCUUCGGACGCAGCUCAAGCGCCAUCAGCGGAGUCGCCGGAGGUUUCUUCGCUGACGCAGGCAAGGUCGGUGCCGUCAAUGGCACUGCCGCCUGCGCUCAGACCUUCAGCAGCUGUCCCUUCGACAGGAAGGACAUCUAUCAGGCAUUCAGGGAAAUCCAGAACACCGCCUGAGUCACUUCCUUUCCCAUGUUCUCACCACCGCAGCCAUAGACCCUAAGAGGACGGGGUAGUUUGCGUUGCGUGGAUUUCAUCUCGCCCUCAGUGCCAAGACCCAAGUGCCAGGUGUGGCACUGCAUCAUGAGAGAGUGUGUCAGUGGCAGCCACGACGUCUCAACGUUGUGCUGCAGCGUGUGUGUUUUCAGACAUCAGAGUCACUUCUUAUCAAGCCAUUGUACCUCUAUCAUUGUCAUCUCGUCUACACUUCACAUGGUCCUUCAAAAGUCACUUAAUGACAAAGCGAACUUAUUCGCCAAACCUUUUGCUACAUUUCUUAGAAAAUCAAUAAAAGACGAAUUUCUUAAUAACGGUUUCAAUGACACCCUCU